AUGUUUUUCUCUAUUUAUUCUGGGCAGAAUUUCCACUACAUGCUUUCUGAUAUAUGGACAAAUUAUAAAUCUGUCCAAGAAGCUCUUCAUGUUCGACCGAAUACAACAAAAGAAUGGUUUAGAUGCAAUGUCACCAUAAUAAGUGAAUCAUACACAGAAGAUAUCGAUAGUGUUGUUGGUUAUCAUCGAAACCUCACAAACACUGGCUUGCAAGUUCUGACUUUCAGUGGUGAUCAUGACAUGGUUAUGCCACAUAAUGGGAUUGAAGAAUGGAUUACGUCUCUCCAUUUGACGAUUGAUAGUGAUUGGCGACCAUGGUUCGUUGAAGGCCAAGUUGCAGGAUACACAAGAAAGUACACUAAUGAUGGAUAUCGAUUCACGUAUGCAACUAUAAAGGCAAGAAAUACUUGUCUCUCUGCUUAAUAUAUAUAUUUAAUAUUCCCCUUCAAUCAUUUGAAAAUUAGAACUAAAUAUCUAUAAUUUAUUUGUGUGAUUAUAUAGGGUGCUGGUCAUUCCCCUCCAGAGUGGAACCGAAAGGCAUGCUAUGACAUGUUCCAUAGAUGGAUUCAUUAUUUUCCUCUUUAGUUAUAUGUCACUUUUCGAUAUAUAAUUAAUUAAAUUUCUAGUGUAAAAGAGCUUAAUUUCCAACUUAUGGUGCAUUUUUUGUUCUAAGUUGUUAUAUGUACCACCUAUGUAUUCAUGUAAUGUAAAAUUUUGUAAGAACUUCAAUUUAACUUUGAAAUUCAGGUGUAGAAAAAGAUUGGACA